AGGCACUGACACCUGGUCCCACCGGCUCAGGAACUUCUCCUCCUUUCUCCAUGUCCAUGUCCAGGGUUCCAGCGGCGCCCAACAGCGAACAAGAUCCGAGUCCACCCUCUCCCACCGGCCAUGGCUAUGGGGCGACCUGUUCGACUGGUGCUGGAGUCCUCAGUCCUCCUCGAUCCCUCCGUCGGCGCGGGCGGCGGUACCGGGGAUGCGGGGCUGCGGCCCGGGGCGGACGCGCUGCUUCGGCGGCUGCACUACUCCAAUCUGGACGUGGCGAUUUGCUAUCCGGAGGACAUACCAACUAAUGAGUCAGUCUUUCUCAAAAAGAUCGCAAGCUUGUACUCGUUUGGAUAUAUGCCGCUUCCUGUAACAUGUGGGAAUUGUUCUCUAAAUGAAUUAAUGGUAGAAUGGAGCAGAACAUGCUCUUGUUUCUAUGCGACUUCGAGAGCUGACAAAGCUUUAUUUUUUGAGCUUCAGAAUCAGAACUGGAGAGUUCUUUCUGUAGAUAAUGAGCAUAGCAUGAAGGAUCCUGGAGUAUUGAAUGUUGGCAGGCUUCAGGGGUUGCUUCUCACUUUGGCUGCUUUGAUAAAAAGAGAAAUUGGUAGCUCAUCUGUUUUGGUGAUUGGAUAUGUAAUGAAACAAUCCCGCGAAGAAGACUUUGCAAAGAGAGGAGCAUUCCCCAUAUAUCCUAGUAAGGACGGUCUAAGCUUUGUUCCACUCUCAUUUGAACUUCCUUUAACCCCACAACUGCAAGAAGUUGACCUGCUCAUCCACAAAGUAACUGAUGAGAUCUUCAAGAUUGAUCCAGAAUACUCCACCGAUUUUCCGAAAGGGAUUUCAUUUUCUUCUGGAAUGUCUGAAAUCAUAAGGUUUGUGGAAGAGCACUCUGAAUUUUGCAUCAUCGAUCCAUUUAAAAAUAUUUACCCACUACUUGACCGGCUUCAAAUCCAACAAAUUCUGGUUCGAUUGCAAGAACUUGGCACUGAAGGAAAGCCGAAACUUCGAGCAGCGCAUUCUUUGAAGGUUGACAACUUCCAUGAUGGUGGAUUACAAAAGCAACUAGCAGAAACUAAUUUAUCCUUUCCAAUCAUCGUGAAACCACAAGUAGCUUGUGGAGUUGCUGAUGCCCACAAUAUGGCAUUAGUUUUUCAAAUUGAAGAGAUUAGCAACCUUAGUGUGCCUCUUCCAGCUGUACUACAGGAAUAUGUCGAUCAUGGAUCCAAGAUUUUCAAAUUUUAUGUAAUUGGAGACAAAGUUUUCCAUGCUGUUAGGAAUUCGAUGCCUAAUGCAAGUUUUCUGAAGUCAUCAUCAGGAGGCGAACCUCUUACAUUUAAUAGUUUGAAGACUCUUCCGGUGGCUACUAAGGAGCAGCAACUGCAAACCAGGGUGCAAGAUAACAAAUCGCUGGACACCGAUCUAGUAGAAGAGGCAGCAAAUUUUUUAAAAGAGUUGCUUGGGCUUACAAUUUUUGGAUUUGAUGUUGUUGUUCAAGAAGGCACCGGAGACCAUGUCAUAGUGGACCUAAACUAUCUCCCAUCCUUCAAAGAAGUUCCUGACUCUGAGGCGGUGCCUGCGUUCUGGGAUGCAAUCAGGCAGACAUACGAGUCGAAGAGAGGGAAGAUCGUGUGGAGCUUCAUGGAAAGUUUCAGCAUUGCCGGCACAAUUUUUUGUCCUUGUGAUUAACGCCCUGUGUCCCCGAAGAUGGAUCGCGUGAAGAGAUUCACUGGCAUGGCAAAGGGCACAUCUGUGAUCCCGGUCCGGAAAGAUGAAGAUGAGAGCUUGGUUCUGUUUGGGGAGCUGUACAAGCAUGAGAAAGAGAGGGAUGUAAACCUUCUUGAACCAAUGUUCUCGGUGGAGUUCGAAGCUAUUCAAGGAGAUGGUCGCAUGUUCAAGCUCCCUUCAGGAAAGAGAAAUUACCUCCUGCCAGAUGGCGAAAAGCAUGAUUAUGAUUGGCUCAAGACUCCUCCAGCCACACCACUGUUUCCCUCCCUUGAGAUGGAAGCUAACUCCUCCCAGAUGAUUUUUCAGAAGGAGCUGCCUAUACUUCAGCCAGUCAGAACUUCAAGGUUCUCAAGCAAGCCUGACGCAACAGUUACAUCAACAAGGUCUGAAUCCCCAACCUCUAGCUCCUCUAAAUCUGUAACUCCCACGGAGAGACCCAGCUCUUCAUCAAAGAAAAGCCUCACCAGAGGGGCUCCUGUUCUAUCCAAAGAGGAGGACACAGCUUACAGAAUAGAUAAGAGGUCAAGCUAUACACCUCUGAUAAAUAGGCAACACAAUGCAAUUCCUGCAGCUAGAACAAUUAUCACAGUCAACAAAGCAUGCAGGAAAACCUCAGGCAACAAAUCUUCAGGCCCGGGCAGCACGAAUGCCGUUAAGAAUGGGGCCAAACCGGACAAGGCACUGAAAAACGUUACAGCAACUGCGGUGAAAGCUCAGUCGAAAGAUCCUUCAGUUGGUGCAAAGGAUCAGAAGGCAGAUGUUGGCAUCGCCAGGAGACUGUCAUGCCCACCUGCUGCAACAACGGGCGGCAACGGCGAGCUGCAGGUAGACAACUUGCAGGAUACAGUGGCACCGAAAGGAAGGAAUAGAGCUGCCACCGGCAUUGUGCGUGCUACCCGUAAGGGCGCCAGCGCCGCCGAGGCGGUACCUGCUACCCGUAAGGGUGCCAGCGCCACCGAGGCGGUAGCGAAGGGAAGGAGAGCAGGAGAGAAGGAGCAGAGGCCAAAGCUUGGAAGGCAUGCAAAGAAGUGAGGACAGUGGUUUCAGCUGAUAAGAUUAGAUGGGGCAUUCUUAUUUCAGGAAGGGAUGCAGAGAGAGUAACAUCCAUUUCCACCCAAUAUAUUCAAAUACACUUAUUUGAUAAACUUGCACUUAGUUGCCUUAUUUAUGAACACACGCGUAA